CACAAAAUGGAAUGUAAACGUCACUAAAAGUAAAGUGCUUGUGUCUAUUAUCGACGUUCUAUUUAAUAUAAAUGAUUAUUAUGGUUUAAUUUGUAUAACAAUAAAAGAUUGUUUAACAACACCAAUCACUACACUAUUGUGAUUAGUUACUGUGCUAUUAUUAAAUUCGCUAAUGUUUUCUCAAUAUGAACUGGUUCGACACUUCGGGAUUGACGAGCUUAGCUAAAAACGCAUUAAAAGAGGCUCAAAAGACUAUUGACAAAGCAUUGGACAUCCAGGAUGAUAGCGAAGAAGAGCAGGAGGGUGAACCUUCGAACCCUCCAACGGCUAAAAGUUCGCCAGGGGCCGGAUCGACACCACAAAAGGAUACAAAUGAUUUCUUUUCUUCGUGGGGGCUAACCGUCAGUGCAGAAGUUAAUACAGAUAGUCCAAUUAAAGAGCAGCCCGUAGUGACAGAAAGCCCAUCAAAAGCGAAUUCGCAAAGUCUUUGGGGAUCUUUUGCAGGGUCAUUCUUUGAGCAACCUAAAACUGAUGACAACACCAUUGUUCGCCCUCCUAAAGCGAAAUCUUUAAACGUCAUUUGUGAUAAGUACGACAGCCAAGAUGAUCUAUUUUCUAAAAGUCAGUUGGUAAUGUCUGAUGGCUCUGAAUCCUUGGAUCAAAAGAAAAACACAAAAUCAGAAGAUAGACGUAAAUCAUCACUAAGCAAUGCUCUUUCAUUUGUAUCAAGUAGGAAUAGUUCAGAUUCAGUAGAGGUUUUGUCACAGAGCUUAAAAACAACACCAGAUUCAGAAGCAGCCUCUUACCAGUCUGCCUCACAAAGUAGUAGCAUGGGCUUGAAACCUAACUCUGAAUCUGUUGAAAUCCUCCCCGAUAGUCUAAUUAGCCCAAGCUCUAUAGAAUGCCUUGGCUUUGAUAGUUAUUCAAGUGACAGAAAUAGCAGCUCAUCUUCAAACUUAACCCCAACUGAAGGGUCUGAUAAGAAAUCGACUCCAAUUGGAGACAGGACAGAAAAAGUAAGAACAGCAGAUAGUGUUAGCCUUGUAGCUGACGAUGAUGAGGACACAAUGUCAUAUAAUUCUAUAUCUGAAUGCACAGCCCCCACGGUAUUGGAUACAGAUGAUAAACCAAUAAGUCCAUUUCCAAAAAUAGCAAGACUUGAUCAGAGGAAACCAGAGAGCAUCUUGUAUGUAGAGCAACUUGCAUCUCAGAAAAUGCACAUCAGUGAGAAUUCAUCCAAUGAUGGCUCAUGGUCAGAUCGUACUUUAAAUGCUGAUAAUGAUAGUGUUACAUUAGAAAAUAUCAAUGAAGAAAAUAAAAAGGAAUGUGAAGAUAUGUCCAUGGAAAAGUUAAGUGAUUCAUCUUCGUUUUACAAUGUUAAUGUAACAGCUGAUUUGCUCAGAUCAGAGAGUUCUUUCGUUAACAUAGAGCGCCCAGUACAUAGUCCUCCAGGAAGUAAUGAUUCUUCUCAUAAAGACUGCAUUGUAAAAGAGAGAACUUCUCCAGUGAGUUCUGAUAGUAAAAGUGACCUCGUUAAAGUAGGUUCAGAUCGUACAUCCGGCCAUACGUCUGGAGAUGAAAUUGAAACUGCAACCUCAUCUGAUAUUGAGAUCAUACCCAGUCCCAAUGGUGACAGUGGGCAGGGCUGCAGAAAUAGCCCGGGGAAAUAUGGGUUCAAACAUAAAAUGGAUGGAACUACAUCACCCAAUUUAGUUGACCUAGUACUAGGGAAGAAUUUAGCUACAAAAAUUCGCGGCCACAACAGAGAGCUCUCUGAUGCUUCCAUUAAGAGUAAUACGAGUGAUGAAAGCCAAGGUUCAGAAAACGAAAGACUUAUGCGCCGUUUGAGCGAAAUGGCGGAAAUUCUAGAUGCUAGAGAGAAUAGACUGAUGGAAGUUAGUAGAAGUAACGCAGAGUUAGCUGAAUGUAAUGCCCAUCUCAAGUGUCAAAUGGAGAGCCUCAUGGCGAAACAUGAGAGUAGUGAUAUUAACACAAUUACAGAGGAUUACACACAAAGAAUGUCAGCGCUUGAGAAGAAAUUCCAACAAGCGAUUAGAGAAAAGGACCAGCUCAGGAAGCAAUUAGAUAGCCUAAAGCAAGAAAUAUCAAGGAAGAGUUCAACGAGCACAGAGACCCUUUUGAAAGAGAAAGACGACAUGAUCGCCCAAUUGCAAGAGGAGGGAGAGAAGUUGGCUCGCCAGGAGUUGCAGCACUCCAACAUUAUCAAGAAGCUUAGAACUAAGGAGAGGGAUAAUGAGCAGGUUAUUAAAAGUUUACGAGAUAAAAUAGCAGAACAAUCCUCUGAGCUAGACCGUAUGAAGCGAUCCCUCGCCGCCAAGGAAGAGUUAGAAGUGAGUCAGAUAGAAGCAGUUUACCGACUCACUAACGCUAAUAAGAAAAUGGAAACUGAACUUAUGGAGACAAAAAGCGCACUAGACGAUACAACGCAAAAGUUAGACAGCGCGCGCACCUCGCUGGAGGCGGCUCGGCGCGAGCUCGGCGAGCUGCAGCGCGCCGCCGCCGAGCUGGCCGACAGCCGCGCCGCCGCCGGCCAGCUCGCCGCCGCGCGCGACCGCGCCGAGCGCCAGGCCGAGCUGCUGCGCCACGAGCUGCGCCAGCUGCGGGCCGAGCGGGCCAGAGAGGAGCAGCGCUGGGUGAGCCGCGAGGAGGCGCUGCGGCGCGAGGUGAGCGAGGCGAGCGAAGCGCGGGCGGAGUCGAGCGGCGAGCGGGACGCGCCGCACGCCGCGCUGCUGGCGCAGCUCGCCGCGCUGCAGGCCGCCGCGCUGCACCACGAGCGCGCGCGCACCGCCGCCGCGCACCGCCUGGCGGAAGUGGAGAGCCAAGCGGCGAAGGCGGCGGAGUGCGAGCGGCUGGCGCGCGCCGAGAGCCAGGCGCUGCUGGAGCGCCUGGGCGAGGCCGAGGCGGCGCGGAGCCGCGCGCGGGACGAGCUGCUCGCCGCCGGCGCCGCCGCGCGCCACGCGCAGCGCCGCCUGCGCCUGCUGGAGGAGGAGGCGGACGGCAAAAUCAAAGAAUUAGAGGAGCUAAAAACUGCUAAAGAGAAACAAAUAGCUGAAUUGGAAACGAGAAUAACUGAAACAGAACAUUUACUAGAAGAGGAGCGGACCGCUCUGGAUACUGAGCGAAAGAGGAAUACUAUACUGCAGGAGCAGUUAUCGACGCGAGGUGACAUAUCACCUUCACAGUCUGUUCUGUCCGAUACCUUGUCGAACUCUUUAUGGAAUGAUGAUACCAGCACAGUAUCGAAUAUGGGCAUCGGUGGGGGGAUGUGGAUCCCGCGGGACGCGCUGCGGCAGCACGUGGCUGCGCUGACUCAGCAGCUGGAGCACUCGCAGAACGUGCAGGAGCAGUACGACGCGCUGCUGCAGAUGUACGGAGAGAAGGAGGAGCAGGUGGAGGAGCUGCGGCUCGACCUGCACGACGUCACGCAGCUCUACAAGGCGCAGCUCGACGAGCUCGUCGCCUUCCGCCAGCGGGACGCGCGCUAGGCCGCGUGACAGCCCGCGUGUCACCCGCGCGCGUCACACGUGACACGCGACACGCGAGAGCUGGAACAUCAAACUACCGUGAUGAUACAACUAACACGCAAUUCUAUAGAACACGCUUGUGACAACCCUAGUACACACACUAUAAAAUAAUUCACACGUGACAGCCCUAGCCCACAUAUACGUGUGUAUAAACAAAAAAACAAACGGUCGUGUAUAUAAUGCCAAUAAAUAUGAAAUUGCGGAGUGUGAUUGGAGUUUGUUUUAUGUAACGCUCAUAGGAGUCUGCGGAUAGUAUCGAAAUCUUAGUUUAUUGUGAAGCAUCUAAAACUUUCUCCAGGAAAGCCGUAAAAAUCCUGCAUCAUAUGUUUGAAUACAAAAGUUUACUUUUGAGUAGAAAUUGCUUAGUGAAUGCGAAUAUGAAACAUCCUCCCUUUGCUCUCGCCAUUUAUUCUAAAGGAUAAUUAUUCAAUAGUAAAAAUAACAAUUUACAAUAAAUUCACAUUAACAAAAGCAAUUUCAAUAUUGUUUAUAUUUUAUCAUUCUAUCACAUAUUCACAUAAUAUUAUCUUAUCACUUGUUCUUUUUUCCCCUUUUUUUAAAGUUAAUUUCAAUAUAAAUAAAAACGUAAUAUAUAAAUAUCGAGUUUUAUCACAAAACGAUGGUCUGAUAGUAUUCUAAAAACAUGCCGUCAUUUGUAGGUCGCUAGCAGUUUUAGCUAAUUUUAUAUAGAUAAUAGACAGAUAGUAGUGUACGUUUGUUCAUUGAUACGGAUUACAUCACAUAGAAAUUUGAAUACAUUUAUUUCGAGUCGUAUAGUUCCUCGCGAUGCUUAUGUUUGGAAUACCCGAAGUUCAAAUAUAAUUUUAUAAACAGAAAAUAACAAAUAUAUAAUUAUAUAGCUAAUAUAACCUUCGAUAUAGCAUAAGUUCCUAUAUAUUUUAUUUCAUAAAAAUUGGUGCAUUUUUUAUAGAAUUUAAAUAUGGUAUGUGGUAAAAUUGUACUUUAUUUGGGAAUUUAGUUAUAAUUGAUUACGGGUGAAUCCCUAGAAAUCUCGUUAUUUUUCCAAUACCUAAACAUUGUUUUUUCUAGUUAUAGUCAUGUAUGUAUUGUACAUAAGGUAUUUAUUGUGAUAUCAGCGUUCGAUUUGUAUUGUAUAUUGUUUGUUAUUUUUUAUAUUUUAUUGGAUAUUAUUAAAAAAAAACACGUUUGACAUACGUGCGUGAUUGAUUAAUUUUGUUUUUAUAAUACGGCCAUAUUGUAUUAUUGUAUUGUUAGGAAUUAUUUGAUGGUUUUAAUAAAUUGAAAUGUAACGUCUUAUAAAUAAAAUGCAUGUAUUAUUUUAGUUAUGUAAAGUCAAAGAUUGAUGAAGCCGCGAUCGCUGCGCUUAGAUAUUAUAUAAAUAAAAAAAUAUACGUAUAUAUA